GGAACAAGCCGCUGGUGCUGCUGGGAAGUAUGCAGAGAGAGAGAGAGGGACGUAGAUAAUCGAUGGAGAAUGAACAUUUCCUCCGGACAGAAAAUCGUGUGGUUGAUUUUAUGAUCCGUGACUUUCCUCCCAAUUUCAAAUCAUAUGUGAAGAAUAAGCAACUGUUAUGCCAGCAAGGAAUCUGGGAGCGUGGCUGGGUUUUUUGGAGAGGAGAAGAAGACCCUCGCGAACGUCCUCCUCCGCCGCCUCCCUUCUCCGAGAUAAUCAAUGGAACCCUGAAUGCUCCUCCUAUUCCACAGUUUAUGGAGAAGAUAAAAUCCCACUUUAAAUGGGUAGUAUGUUUGCGGGGUGGUACACAAUUUCUUAUACAGUUUUGGAAAGUCAUAGAAAUUGAGGGCAAGCGUUUACUUACAACUCGACACCAACCUUUUGGUUUUGACCACAUCAAUGAAGGACUUUGUGGGUAUAGGUUGAUAUCUUUGGAUUAUGAAUUUGAUGUGGAUGGAGUGAGUGACGAACAUCUUGGCCUCCUUGGCCGUGUGUUCUGCCAUCAACUGCUGGAGUCUACUCCAAAUGUGCAGUAUUACUCCCGCAAAGAGUACCCACAGCGCGAUCGUGCUAUCAGUUGCAAUAUUAAGCUGUCUCUGGCUGUACCGUUGUUUGAACCUUCUACGCGGUGCUGUAUUGGUGUAAUUGAGAUGGUGUCGACAACUGAAAUAACAAAUAGAAAUUUGAAGAUUUUCCGUUAUAGGCAAAUGUUGAGUGGGCUGCAAGUUGAAGGUCUGAGAAUUUCAAAUUGUGAGCAUUCGUAUGAUAGGAAAGACAAGGAUGAAACUCUUGAAGAAAUCAAGAAGAUGGAAGACGUGAUGCGUAGCAUUCAUCAUCUACCUUUGGCUCAGACUUGGGCCUCAUGUAGGCUUUGCAAUGCUGUGUUCAUAAUUCAUAAUGGAGUGUACAAUUUGGAUGAUUUUUUAGAUGCAUGUGAUUUACAUCACCUACGAAAAGGGCAGGGGGUUGUUGGGAGAGCAAUUUCGUCUCAAAAUUUGGUCUUCUGCAAAGAUGUUACUCAAUUUAGCAUAACUGAGUACCCUUUGGCACACUAUGCACGCAAAUUGGGACUUACAGGUUCUUUUGCAAUUUGUUUGUGGAGUAAUUAUAUUGAAGACAAUGUUUACGUGCUAGAAUUCUUUUUGCCCCCAAACUACUGUGAAGGUGGGGAUCCUAGGAUUGCUCUGGUUCCGUUAUUGACAACAAUGAAGCGACAUUGUAAAAGUUUUAAGGUUGCUUCUGGAGAAGAACUAGGAGAGGAGUUAUCUAUUGAAGUUCUUGAUUUUUCAGAGGAUGGUAAACUUUAUUCUUAUCAAAUACCCGAAACUGCAAGAUCUCCAAAUAGGAUGGACAAAGGAGAAAAGAUGGUGUUUCUAGAUUUAUCUGAUCAACAAUUACCAAAAGUGGAUGUUAUAGACACUGGAAACAAUGUUGUUACUAACCCAGAAGAAACCAAUAUUGUUGUUACUUCUGUACAGCAAAAUUGCAUAGUUAACUUGUCCCAGAGGCUACAAAGAAAAGCUGGAAUUCCAAUUAGCUUGGAGGAUCUCCAGCAACGUUUUGGAAUGAAACUUAAAGAUGCUGCAGAAAGCCUUGGCGUUAGCCGAUCUACAGUGAAGCGUGUUUGCAGGGAAUAUAAUAUCACCUGGUGGUCACCUCGCAAGAGAAGUAAGGAUAACCAAUCGCUUUCCAAUAAACUUGUCCAAGGUGUUGUUCAGGAACAAAUCCUAGAAUCUAGUCAGCCUCAAAUUUCUGAUCCACCUCAUAUGCAAGACAUGGCUAUUGCUUCUCGCACAAAGCCACAUUUUACAGCAACUCAAGACACAAGUAUUGUGACCAUAAAGGCAAAAUAUGGAGAUGAUUUUAUUAAAUUUCAGCUCCCUGUGUCGUCCGGAAUGCUAGAGUUUCAAUAGCAAGUGGCAAAGAGGCUGAACCUACAGGGUGGAACUUACCGCGUCAAGUAUCAAGAUGAGGACAAUGACUGGAUUUUAAUAGUUUGCAACGACGACUUGCAAAAUUACGUUUGCAAUUCGAUAUCACAAGGGAGGAAUACAGUCACGAUGUCGAUUCAGCCAAUUACUAAUUGCCCCUCUUAAAUCCGUACUUAAUGUCCAUCUAUCAUUUUAGCUGCAUGUGGAAUUCUCUAGUUUACAUUUAAAAGACAAUUCGAGGUUUGUAUCUUGUAUGCUUGUUACAAGUUUGUAUGAAUUUUAUGUAUUGCAUGUUGUCUACUUAAUUGAUUGUAUAAUAUGAUUCAAAUUUGUCA